ACCAGCUAGGGUUGAAAAACACCCCAUUAGAUCAUCAGCAGUCCUAGUCAGUGAAAAACUCAUCGGAGGAGAUUUAGAGAUGGCGAUAUCUGGAGAAGACGACGGACGUAGAGGAGCCUUCGACGAUCGUUUCUCGAAGAGGCAACGACUUCCUCCUCUCGAUGAAUCUGAAGAGGAAUUAGACGAAGACUUGUUCGAAGAUUCAAGUACUUUAGACGGAUACGAAGAUGGAGAAUUCGAAGAAGAAGAAGAUGAAGAAGAUGUUACUGGAAUGGCGACAAUUGGUAACAAUUUCGAAGAUCUGGUAACGAAUGAACAAUCUGGAAGUCCUAAAUCAUCCCAAUCGGUGAAGCUACAGAGCUCAGAUGUUCUCGAUUGUCCUACUUGUUGUGAGCCACUCAAGAGACCAAUCUAUCAGUGUAGUAAUGGGCAUCUAUCUUGUUCGUCGUGCUGCAAAAAAUUGAACAAGAGAUGCUCGUUCUGUAGAUGUAACAUCGGGGAUAUACGAUGCAGAGCAAUGGAGAAGGUUAUUGAAUCAUCUAUAGUCCCUUGUCCAAAUGCGAAAUACGGGUGUAAAGAAACAACCACGUAUUGUAAUCAAUCUAGCCAUGAGAAGGUUUGUGUUUUCGCCCGUUGUUCUUGCCCUGUACCAAACUGCAAUUACGUUGGGUCAUACGCGAAUCUCAAAAGACAUGCUUGUAGUACUGCACACGCUUGGGAUGAGGAUGACUUCCUCAUCCCGUUUGUGUUUGACUGUCCUACAAUCUUUACCAUGAACCUUGGUAGGAAGAAGAUUGUUGUUUUUAAGGAAGAGAAAGAGGGUGAUUUGAUUGUAGUUAAGGCUUUCAAGGGAUCGGAAGGCGUGUAUGUGACUGUAAACCGUAUUGCACAUAUGGCUCCGGGAAUACCGGAAUUCUCAUGUAGUUUGGCUAAACUCAACCAGUAUAGCACAGUAAGGAUUGGAACAAUGGUGAAGAAAAUUCAGAAAGUGAGAGAGCAAACGCAUCCUGAAGAUGACGUGAUGUGGAUUCCGCCUAAAAUGUUGAGCGGCGAGCACUGGAAGAUGCAGAUUUGCAUUGGCUAUGGGUAUAAAUAUAUUCACAUUUGAGAAGAUGUGAACUGUCCUCUCAUCACUUUGCUCAAUUUUUACAAGUUAUUAGGUCGUUUGAUCAUAAGCCUUCUCUAACGUUGAGCUUUUGCUUCUUUUUCAUGCACCACAUUGAGAUCUUGAUGCUGGCAUGUGUGUUCUUUUGUAGUGUUGAUUGUUGGGAAUUUAAAUUUCAGAUUAUGUAAAAGUAAAACUCCUUAAACACUUUUCAUCUGCCAAUUGUUUUUUUUGGUGUACAAUA